CAUAAGUUUAUCAAAUUAAAUUCAAAUACAAAUAAAAAUAAUAAAAAAAGUAAAUACAACAACAACAACAAUAAGAGAGCCAAUUUAUUCAGUUAUAAAAUGUUUGAGCCGUAUGUGAAAAUCAAAAAAAAGCGUAACGUGCACGAAAUCUAUCAAAAUGAAAAUCCGCAGUCGCAGCAGCAGCAAACGUCGCAGCAGCAGCAGCAGCAAGCGUCUAGUGAUAAUUGUUGCUGUCAAAGUGGCCCGCGAAAUGUUGCUUUGAGCAGCGCGUUGGCUGAGACGCCAGCAGCGAGCAGCAGCAGCAGCGGCAGCAACUGCAGCCGCCUGCAGCAAUUGAUAUCAACGCCUCCAGUAUUACUGCGCAGAUCGUCGCUGUCGACGCCAGCGUCUGCGUCCACGUCGACGUCAACGUUGCCGCAACACCCACACACUGUUGCUGCUAGCACGCCAUCGCCGCCGCCGCCGCCGCCGUCGCAGUCGCAGCAGCAGCAACAAGCGGCAGCACCUUCAGUUUUGCAACAACAUUUGGGUCACCUGAAUUACGAAAGUGGAGCAACUGCAGCAGCAGCAGCAGCAGCGGCAGCAACGAGAAGUGGCACAGCAACACUGGCGCAACAUUUGGCAACACCCAGCAGCAUAUUACAGGCAGCUUUCAACAACAACAACAACAGCAGCAGCAGCAGCAACAGCAGCAGCAGCAACAACAGCAACUUACAAAACAUUUUGACGCGCGCACAAAGUUCCUCCUCAGCCUCUGCCGCCGCCGCUGCCGCCUCCUCGAACAACUGCAGCAGCGCCUGUGCCGGCAACAGGCACUACAACGGCGGCAACAACAACAACAACAACAGCAGCAACAACAACAGCAUCAUUGCCAGCCGCCUGUUUGGGCCCACUUUAUCCACCGCCAGCUCCAGUUCGUCCGCCUCCACCUCUUCCGCCUCCUCGACUCACCUGUCGCCGCAUCAUCAUCUGCAUAGCCAUCAUUCCGCUCUGACCAAUUCAAUAACGAAUCGCAUUAAUCAGUCGAUACGGCGGCAUCUCAACCAGCAGCAACAUCAACACAACAGCAACAACAGCGCCUCAUCCUCAGCUACCACCAGUUCCAGCUCCUCCUCUGCCGCCGCCGCCGCCGCCUCUACCUCUGCCUCCUCAUCACACUAUCAGCAGCAGCAGCAACACUUUAAUUGCGCUCAUCCUGCACAGCAGCAACAUCAGAGCCACAGCCAUCAUCAUCAUCAGCAGCACCACAGCAACAACUACAACAACAACAACCACCACAGCAACAACCACCACCACAACAACAACCACCACAACCACAACAACAACAGCAACAACAAUCAACAACAGCAACAAUCUCCUCUGUGCCUAGUAUUAUUAGUUAAAUGCCCCAAUUCGAAGGAGUUUUGUAACGCCGCUGCAAAUUUCUGUGAUAAAAGAUUGCCGGUAAACGAAUGUCAGGCAAGCCAAACAGCUAGAGUCACCUCGAACCUGCACGCAUCCAGUAGCACAAUGGCGGUCAGCCGUGUACCCUCGCCGCCCCUGCCGGAAGUUAAUACGCCAGUUGCUGAGAACUGGUGUUACACGCAGGUCAAAGUGGUUAAAUUUAGUUAUAUGUGGACCAUAAAUAACUUUAGUUUUUGUCGGGAAGAAAUGGGUGAAGUACUCAAAUCGUCCACAUUCUCAGCAGGUGCUAAUGACAAACUAAAAUGGUGUUUACGAGUGAAUCCCAAGGGUCUGGAUGAGGAGAGCAAGGAUUACUUAUCAUUAUAUUUACUGUUAGUUUCGUGUAACAAAUCUGAAGUCAGAGCCAAGUUCAAAUUUUCCAUACUAAAUGCAAAACGUGAGGAAACCAAAGCAAUGGAAUCCCAGCGAGCUUACCGUUUCGUGCAGGGCAAAGAUUGGGGCUUUAAGAAGUUCAUACGCCGCGACUUUCUUCUGGACGAGGCCAACGGCCUCCUGCCUGAGGACAAGCUGACCAUCUUCUGCGAGGUCAGCGUCGUGGCGGACAGCGUGAACAUCUCCGGACAAUCCAACAUAGUGCAGUUCAAAGUGCCCGAGUGCAAGCUCUCCGAAGAUCUCGGCAAUCUCUUCGAUAACGAGAAAUUCAGCGAUGUGACGCUCUCGGUGGGCGGCCGUGAGUUCCAGGCGCACAAGGCCAUACUGGCAGCGCGCAGUGAUGUCUUUGCGGCCAUGUUUGAGCACGAGAUGGAGGAGCGCAAGCUGAAUCGUGUCGCCAUAACCGAUGUGGAUCAUGAGGUUCUCAAAGAAAUGCUCCGAUUCAUAUACACGGGCAAGGCGUCCAACCUAGAAAAAAUGGCUGAUGAUCUCUUAGCGGCUGCUGAUAAAUACGCACUCGAAAAGCUGAAAGUGAUGUGCGAGGAGGCGCUGUGCGUCAAUCUCUCUGUUGAAACAGCAGCCGAAACGUUAAUAUUAGCUGAUCUCCACAGUGCGGAUCAAUUGAAAGCACAAACGAUAGAUUUCAUUAAUACUCAUGCCACCGAUGUGAUGGAAACCACGGGCUGGCAAAAUAUGAUCACAACACAUUCACAUUUGAUAGCGGAGGCAUUUCGUGCACUCGCAACACAACAAAUCCCACCAAUUGGACCACCAAGGAAACGCGUGAAAAUGAGCUGAAACUACAAUGCAGCAGCAACCAAUUCAAAUGCAACAACAACAACAGCAACAACAACAGCAGCAACAUGCAACA